UAAGUGUGAUGUUGUGGUGACUACCUACACCUUGGUUGCCAGAGAAAUGCCUGUGAACGAAGGAAAAUGUGAAAGUCCAGUCAAAGAUGAGGAAGAUGAGAUAAAGCCUUCUGCGCCACCACUCCAAGUGAUAACCUGGGCUCGAAUUAUAUUGGAUGAGGCCCACAAUAUAAAGAACCCCAAAGUCCAAACUUCGCAAGCAGUCUGUAAGUUGAGGGCUGGUAAACGCUGGGCUGUCACAGGAACCCCAAUUCAGAACAACCUGCUGGAUAUGUAUUCUCUGUUGAGGUUUUUACGCUGCUCUCCAUUUGAUGAGUAUAAGUUGUGGAAGGCUCAGGUUGAUAAUGGCACAAAGAAAGGAAGCGAGAGACUGAAUAUAUUAACAAAAACUCUUCUGCUUCGAAGAAUGAAGGACCAGCUUGAUGCAAGUGGGAAGCCUCUGGUGUCAUUACCUUCACGCCAUAGUUGCACAGAUCGCCUGAAGUUGUCAGAAGACGAGCAGUCCGUUUAUAAUGUUCUCUUUACCCGUUCCAGGUCAGCUCUGCAGUCAUACCUGAAACGCUGUGAAAACAAGAAUGACAACAGCAAGAAGUGUUCCGACAACCCAUUUGAUAAAGUGGCACAUGAAUUUGGAAUUGAGAAUUCAAACCCUUCGGCUCAUCGGAGAUCUUCAGAAACCUCCAGUACUGUUCAUAUCUUAUCUCUGCUGCUGCGACUUCGUCAGUGCUGCUGCCACCUCUCUCUCCUUAAAAUGACACUUGAUCGAGUAGAACUGGAGAGUGAAGGCUUUAGUCUGUCUCUAGAAGAACAGCUUAGUGCACUGACUCUCUCUGAAGUUGCAACCCCAGAUACCAGCUCUACUGUAUCUUUGAAUGGGACUAACUUCCAAGCUGAGAUAUUUGAAAAUACGAAAAAAAGCACCAAGAUCACUUCUCUUCUAUCAGAACUUGAAACUAUCAGAAAUUCCUCACAGAAGCAGAAGAGUGUGAUAGUGUCACAGUGGACAAGUAUGCUGAGUAUUGUUGCAGUUCAUCUGAAAAAAUAUGGCUAUACCUAUGCAACGAUUGAUGGUUCAGUUAAUCCUAAAAUGAGAAUGGAUCUGGUAGAUGAAUUCAACACAAACCCUAAGGGACCACAGGUAAUGCUGGUGUCACUGUGUGCCGGAGGUGUUGGGUUAAAUCUGAUUGGGGGAAACCAUCUCUUUCUUUUAGAUAUGCACUGGAAUCCAGCUCUUGAAGAUCAAGCAUGUGACCGUAUAUAUAGAGUGGGGCAAACUAAAGACGUGGUAAUACACAGGUUUAUUUGUGAAGGUACAGUUGAAGAAAAGAUUUGUGAACUCCAAGCAAAGAAGAAAGAACUGGCAAAAAAAGUUUUGUCAGGAAUGGGAGAUACUUUCUCCAAACUUUCCUUGGCUGACCUUAAGAUUCUUUUUGGUGUCUGAGAUAUUAAGCCACUGUACAUCAGAGCUGUUCGGAAGGAAGGCUUCAGUUACUUAAGAACAACACUAUAGCAGAGGGUGAAUAUGAGGGGGUGCUAUGCUUUCAGCUGAAAAACCAAACAGCAUCCAUUAGCUUCCUAAAGACUUUAUGCCCCAAUCCUGUGUUCUUUAAUUUAGUGCUGAUUGAGAUUACAACAGAAGCACUGAAACACAGCCCUAUGCCCGAUGCUAUGUAUCGGUUUCAGAAACAUGUCCUAUUAUUAGGAAUCCACUUUUGAGUAGAUGCAUAAUGGCUUAAAUUUUAGUACAAGACUUUGUAGAUUAUUUAAGUGAGCAAGGCCAUGUGAAAUGCUUUCGUAUAAAAGGUGAUACAGCGGUGUCAUAUUUUUAUGUUCCUUUUUCCUUUUAGCAUUGUCUUCAUGUCUGUCACAAUCUGUCAUGUUUUAUUUCAUAUUUCAUAUAUGUCUUUUGCAGACACUGCCUUUAAUAAACUGCUGUGCUACUUCA